AAUGUAAAAUUUGGGGAAUGUUAUACAUUGCUAAAAAGGCUUGUUUUCGACGCCCAGAAACAUAUAAGUUGGGUUCAGUGAUCAGGAAAACCUAAAAGUUAACGUUUGUUGGAAAGUUCAGAACGAUUACCUCUUGAUUUAGUCAACUGAUCAACUCAACAGUUUGUUUGGUCACUAUCCUUCAACAGAUGAUCAUGUCGAUGAGCAUGGCGUCCGACAUCAGUCCAGCAGGGGGAGAAAGAGGGCCACAUACCACUAUGGUGGGAGGAAGUAAACCACUGCACCGCUUCAUCAGAGGCGAGCCAAAGAGUACUGGGAUUGUAAUGAUGUUCAUGGGAUCAUCACUCUUCAUCUUGGGGAUUCCCAUGAGGCAGGAUGCACUGAUGUCCUCUGCUGAGACUUUCACCCCUUUUUGGCUAGGAAUCCUGUUCAUCAUCUCUGGGUUGUUAUAUGUGCUCACAGAGAAGAAUCCUUCAAAACAACUGGUGACAGCAAGCCUGGCCCUUAGUAUCAUCUCUAUGUUGGGGGUCACAGUGGCUUUCUUUGAAUUCCUUAAAGGCAUCCUGCACAUUCGGCAAUCACAUGACUACUAUGAUCAUUACCACUAUGACUACAACGCCACAGAAUCUGGCAGAGUUGUAGUCCCCUGGAGUAAACAACAUAUGUACCAGUUGAUCAGCCUUGAGGCUGUAUUUAUGUACCAGAGCUUAGUAGGCAUGGUGCUCCUAAUUGUGAUGACAUCAUUUGCCAGGGUUGCCCUGCGUUCCAGCAAGACACAGGCAAUUGUGGUAAUGCAAGAUCUACCAUCACCAGACUGAAGAAAGAAAACAAGGCUUAUCUGACUGUCUCUGCCGUGAUGGAUAGAUAAAACAUUUGGACUUGCCCAUUGAUAUGAAAUAAAUGUAUUCACAAAUAUGUAGAACAUUUCUUUAAAACCACAUAUAUGGAAUUGUCUUUGUAUACACUCGUCUUUCUAUACACUUGUACUUUGUAAUAAAUAUAACAUACACCACCAGUCAAAAGUUUAGACACACCUACUCAUUCAACGGUUUUUCUUUAUUUUUACUACUUUCUACAUUGCAGAAUAAUAGUGAAAACAUCAAAACUAUGAAAAAACACAUAUGGAAUUAGGUAGUAACCAAAAUAGUGUUAAAGAAAUCAAAAUAUUUUAGAUUUUAGAUUCUUCAAAGUAGCCACCCUUUGACUUCAUGACAGCUUUGCACACUCUUGGCAUUAUCUCAACCAGCUUCACCUGGAAUGCUUUUCCAACAGUCUUGAAGGCGUUCAUAUGCUGAGCAUAUGCUGAGCACUUGUUGGCUGCUUUUCCUUCCCUCUGUGGUCCAACUCAUCCCAAACCAUCUCAAUUGGGUUGAAAUUGGGUGAUUGUAGAGGCCAGGUCAUCUGAUGCAGCACUCCAUCAUUCUCCUUCUUGGUCAAAUAGCCCUUACACAGCCUGGGGGUGUGUUGGGCUCCCGAGUGGCGCAGCGGUUUAAGGCACUGCAUCUCAGUGCUAGAGGCAUCACUAUAGACCCUGGUUCGAUUCCAGGCUGUAUCAAGGCACACUUGAGUCCCAUAGGGCGGCACACAAUUGGUCCACCGUCGUCCGGGUUAGGGUUUGGCUGGGGUAGGUCAUCAUUGUAAAUAAGAAUUUGUUCUUAACUUCUUGAGAAUACAGGGGGUGCUGUUUUGCAUUAGCAUAAUUGCCUCUACAGAUUAAACUGCCUCUUAUUCAAUUAUUGCUGUUACUAUAUGCAUAUAACCAUAUGCCAUUGGAUAGAAAACAAGCUAUGGUUUCUAAAACCGUUCCAAUUUUGUCUCUGAGUCAAACACAGGUCAUUUCACAGCACUUUCCCUGAGCCAGAAGAAGAUUGCAAGAUGUGUAUGCUCGCUUCAAAGCUCUGCCUAUAUAUGGUCACGCGACCUAUGACCCGAAACACACUUCCUUCUUCUUCCUCUGGGUGUCUGGAAGACGUCAGAGGAGAAAUUUUUUGUUUAUCUUGUACUGACGUGAAAUAAGACCUAUUUCUUUAGCGGGACCGACAACUUCCGGUUUUCUCAGACGCGCGUCUUAGAGCUGCCAUUGUCUUUUGUUAUGCUGACGUUACGGAUGAAAACUAUCUCCGUGUCGAAGUUUGUUUGAUACAUGUGACCAUAUCACCGUAAUGUAUGUUUUUUCAAUAUAGUUUAAUCAGAUUAUUAGAAUUUUUUCGGGAGUUUUGCCGUGUUCCGUUCUUUGAGUUUUUUAACUUUGGACAUGGACCGUGCCAGUCGACCAGUACCCAGGCUAAAUGAAGAGGGGAGGUUGCCAUUGUGAAUGGAUUGAACGACUCAUCAGGACUAAGGACACCUUGAUCAACAUUCUGAUGAAAGACCAGCAAUAGUAAGACCCAAUUUACGAUGUUAUUUCAUAUAUCUGUCGUGCAUGUGAACUGGUCGGGCGCGUCCAGCCGGUUCUGGCUGGCCUGGUUAUGCUAAUUUAGCGAUACAUUUUGUUUUCGCUAUAAAACAUUUUAAAAAUCUGAAAUAUUGUUUGGAUUCACCAGAUGUUGGGCUUUCAAUGUCUGUACGCUGUGUAUUUUUUCUGAAAUGUUUUAAGACAAGUAAUUAGUUAUAUAACGUUGGUCUCUGUAAUUGUUCUAGCUGCAUCAGCACUAUAUCAGAUUGCAGCUGCAAUGUAGAACUGUGAUUUAUACCUGAAAAAUGCACAUUUAAAAAAAAAAAACUAUGCUAUACCAUAAAUAUGUUAUCAGACUGUCAUCUUAUGAAUUUGUUUGUUAGUUAGUGGCUAUCAAUAUCUUAGUUUAGCCGAAUUGGUGAUAGCACCUGAUGGAGUAAGAAACUGUUGGAGUAAGAAAAUGGUGUCAUUUUGCUAACGUGUUUAGCUAAUAGAUUUACAUAUUGUGUCUUCCCUGUAAAACAUUUAAAAAAUCUGAAAUGGUGGUUUUAUUCACAAGAUCUGUGUCUUUCAUUGGGUGUCUUGGACUUGUGAUUUAAUGAUAUUUAGAUGCUACUAUUUAAUUGUGACGCUAUGCUAGCGAUGCUAAUCAGUGUGGGGGGUGUGGGGGGUGCUCCCGGAUCCGGGUUAGGUACUCUGUAGAGUAACUUGCCUAGUUAAAUAAAGGUGUACAAAACCCAGUUGAAAACAAAUGAUAGUCCCACUAAGUGCAAACCAGAUGGGAUGGUGUAUCGCUGCAGAAUGCUGUGGUAGCCAUGCUGGUUAAGUGUGCCUUGAAUUCUAAAUAAAUCAUUGACAGUGUCACCAGCAAAGCACCCCGACACCAUCACACCUCCUCCAUGCUUCACGGCGGGAACCACACAUGCAGAGAUCAUCUAUUCACCCACACCGCGUCUCACAAAGACACGGCGAUUGGAACCAAAAAUCUUACAUUUGGACUCAUCAGACCAAAGGACAGAUUUCCACCUCUCUAAUGUCCAUUGCUUGUGUUUCUUGGCCCAAGCAAGUCUCUUCUUGUUAUUGGUGUCCUUUAGUAGUGGUUUCUUUGCAGCAAUUUAACCAUGAAGGCCCGAUUCACACAGUCUCCUCUGAACAGUUGAUGUUGAGAUGUGUCUGUUACGUGAACUCUGUGAAGCAUUUAUUUGGGCUGCAAUUUCUGAGGCUGGUAACUUUAAUGAACUUAUCCUCUGCAGCAGAGGUAACUCUGGGUCUUCCUUUCCUGUGGCGGUCCUCAUGAGAGCCAGUUUCAUCAUAGCGCUUGAUGGUUUUUGCGACUGCACUUGAAGAAACUUUCAAAGUUCUUUAAAUUUUCCGUAUUGACUGACCUUCAUGUCUUAAAGUAAUGAUGGACUGUCGUUUCUCUUUGCUUUUGAGCUGUUUUUGCCAUAAUAUGGACUUGGUCUUUUACCAAAUAGGGCUAUCUUCUGUAUACCACCCCUACCUUGUCACAACACAACUGAUUGGCUCAUACGCAUUAAGAACGAAAGAAAUUCCACAAAUUAACUUUUAACAAGGCACACCUGCUAAUUGAAAUGCAUUCCAGGUGACUACCUCAUGAAGCUGGUUGAGAGAAUGUCAAGAGGGUGCAAAGCUGUCACCAAGGCAAACACUGUCUGUUUUCGUUUCUACAUGAUUCCAUAUGUGUUAUUUCAUAGUGUUGAUGUCUCCACUACUAUUCUACAAUGUCGAAAAUAGUUUUAAAACAAAUAUUUAAAAAACUGGAAUGAGUUGUUGUUUCCAGACUUUUGACUGGUACUGUAAAUUGCUCAAUUAGGGCCUAUGUAACAGUAUAAGAAAAUAUACAAAAAGCAAACACAUCUUUGUAUUUUCAAAAUAUACUUCACUUUCAAAAUAAAACAACAUCCAUGUAGUGCAAUAGAAAAUUAACCUGAUCAUUAUAGAGGGGUUGGUUGUUUAGCAAAAACACAGACGCAUGAGCAGCUAUGGGGCAAAACAGACAGGGGUUGGCUUAGAUUGUUGACAAAAUGUAAGCUAUAUCUUACUCUCCAAUGUUUAUUGAAAACAUAAAUACAUUUGCACAAUGAGCACUUGCUGUCUCUCAAAUCAUUGUCAGAGUUGUUGGUUAGCUAGCUAACAAUGUUUAGCCAUAUUAGCAUUGACAUGAAAUCAGUUUAAACACCACAGAACAAUACGGUAUCAAUAACAAGAUUAAACAUGCUGAAACAAGCCACUUACGAUUCCCCACAUGGCAAUUUCUUGUCUUUCUUGCUAUCAAUCUGGCCACCCAGAAUCACAACAACACCCUGAUUUCUGCCCCAUGGAAGCACGUCAUAAAAAUCAGCGUAUAAUGCUUGUAUGGAUGUCAACCCCAACACAUGUUCAUGUCAUCUUUACCAAUCAACUGCAUUACCGUUAAAAACGAUUAGACUACCACCACUGAUUUCUGUAUGCUAGCUAUGCUAACCACCAGUUUAUUCGAACGGGAGUUAGCAUUUAGCAACCACUUUUUCUAAGCCUGAAAAGGGACAACUUCUACAUGUUAUGAAGCGAGAACAGCCAAAUAUAUCCUUAACACGUUUAAAUGUUUUACUCACGUUGGCCAUGGUGAAGGAGAGCCCACAGGUUUUGGUAGCUGGCCGUGUCAGUGGCACUGUAUUGUUCUUAAAGCGAGCAAAGAAGUUGUUUAAUUUGUCUGGGAGCAAGACGUCGGUGUCCCUGACGAGGCUGGUUUUCUUUUUGUAAUCCGUGAUUGACUGUAGACCCUGCCACAUACGUCUCGUGUUUGAGCCGUUGAAUUGCGACUCUACUUUGUCUCUAUACUGAUGCUUAGCUUGUUUGAUUGCCUUGGAGGGAAUAGCUACAUUGUUUGUAUUCGGUCAUGUUUCCAGUCGCCUUGCCAUGAUUAAAAGCAGUGGUUCGUAAUUUCAGUUUUGCGCAAAUGCUGCCAUCAAUUCACGGUUUCUGGUUAGGGAAGGUUUUAAUAGUCACCGUGAGUACAACAUCACCCAUGCACUUGCUAAUAAACUCGCUCACUGAGUCAGCGUAUACAUCAAUGUUGUUGUCUGAGGCUAUCCGGAACAUAUCCCAGUCCACGUGAUCAAAGUAAUCUUGAAGCUUGGAAUCCAAUUGGUCGGGCCAGCGUUGAACAGACCUGAGCACAGACCUUUUAGAUUCUGUCUAUAGGCUGGGAGCAAAAAAAAUGGAGUCGUGGUCAGAUUUGCCGAAAGGAGGACAGGGGAGGGCUUUGUAUGCAUCGCGGAAGUUUGAGUAGCAAUGAUCCAGAAUGCUGCCAACUAGAGUCGCGCAUUCGAUAUGCUGAUAAAAUUUAGGGAGCUAAAAUUUCCGCCGAAGUCGGUCCCUCUCCUUGUUCGGGCGGCGUUCGGCGGUCGACGUCACCGGUCUUCUAGCCAUCGCCGAUCCACCUUCCAUUUUCCAUUUGUUUUGUCUUUCAACACACCUGGUUUGAAUUCCAUCAUUACAUGUUGUGUAUUUAACCCUCUGUUCCCCCCAUGUCCUUGUCUGGAAUUGUUUAUUGUAGUGCUUGUGCACGUUAUGCUGGUGUGUAACGGGUUUUGUUUACCCAAUGAUUUAUUGUUCUGUUUAUGAUGCUUUUGUUUAUUAAACUGAGCCGUUGUAAAUCA